AUGUAUUCAGAUUGGGAGUCAGUGGACAAGCGAUUGGUGCCAUGUAACAAGGCAACGUGGUGGACAGGAAUUUAUGGUCCAGGAAGAAGCGUGCUUUCUGCCGCACAAACCAAGGCCCUGUCUCCAGGGCAGAGGCGCCGGCGGAUGCAAAAGUACACCAAUCGUUGUCAUGUGUACGAUGUCUGCCAGGUCCUCCUGUCGAGCAUGUCCGGCAACGGAAGCCCAGGUGGCGUUUACAACAUUGUUGACGAUGAUCCGGCUCCGCGUGCCGAUGUGGAGAAGUAUGCUGCAAUAUUGAUGUCUCAAAAGGUCAACCAUCCGUCUCAGCAUGCCACGCACAAUCUGCUGAUCCCACCCACACGAAGGUGGGGAGUGGCAGCUAGCCCCAACUCCAGGGAGCAAAAAGAAGCUGGGCUGGAGGAAAAGAGGGUGAAAAACUGGAAGCUAAAGAGUGAGCUUGGUGUGCGUUUGGAGUAUCCGACUUAUAGAGAAGGCUUGGAGGCAAUCUGGAGGGGCACCACAAGGCCAUUCGAUGCAGUUGCAUGA